UACCCUCGAUCACCACUCGAUCCGCUCGAAUAGUUCGCUCGUAUGGAAACAACACUUUAGACAGGGCUGUACGUUUCUUAGAAUAUCAAGAUGGAAAACCGCCUUGAAAACUGGGAUUAUGUUGCAAUUGUGGUGUAUGUUAUACUUGUAUUGGCAGCUGGCUUAUAUUCAAUGUGUCGUUCAAACCGUGGUACAGUUAGCGGUUAUUUUCUGGCUGGUCGAUAUAUGUUCUGGUUACCGGUUGGAGCUUCACUUUUUGCGAGCAACAUCGGUAGUGAGCACUUCGUGGGCUUAGCUGGAUCGGGAGCUGCGGCUGGCAUUGGAGUUGCAGCAUUUGAGUUUAACGCAUGUCUGCUCCUUCAGCUUCUUGGAUGGGUGUUUUUACCAGUGUACAUUGCUAGUGGGGUGUACACAUUACCAGAGUAUAUGAAGAAGAGAUUUGGAGGGCAACGAAUUCGAGUUUAUCUGGCUUGCCUUUCAUUGGUCUUGUAUAUUUUUACAAAGAUAUCGGUGGACAUGUACUCUGGUGCCCUAUUCAUCCAAGAAGCCCUGGGCUGGAAUCUGUAUGUUUCAAUCAUUAUACUUUUGGCCCUUACUGCAAUAUGUACUGUCACAGGUGGUUUAGCUGCUGUCAUUUAUACUGAUACACUACAAUUCUUCAUUAUGAUUAUUGGGGCUGUGAUUUUGAUGGUUUUAAGUUUUGUGGAGGUUGGUGGUUACGAUCAACUAAAGCUGAAAUACAUGCAGGCCAUUCCAAAUGAGACACUGAGCAAUCCAAAUUACACGUGUGGAUACCCACGUGAGGAUUCUUUCCAGAUGUUGCGUGAUCCUGUGAACUCUGACAUGCCAUGGGCUGGAUUUCUGCUUGGCCAAACACCAGCCUCUAUUUGGUACUGGUGCGCAGACCAGAUGAUGGUGCAAAGGGCGCUUGCAGCAAAGAGUCUAUCACAUGCACAAGGUGGCUGUAUCUUUGCAGGCUACAUCAAGCUGCUUCCAAUGGUUCUUAUGGUUAUACCAGGAAUGAUAAGUCGAGUGCUGUACCCUGAUGAAGUUGGUUGUGCCUCUGCUGAAACUUGCAUGGAGGUCUGUGGUAGCAGUACAGGUUGCAGCAACAUUGCAUAUCCACGUAUUGUGCUAGGUCUCAUGCCAACAGGUUUACGUGGUGUGAUGCUUGCAGUGAUGCUUGCUGCUUUAAUGAGUGACUUAACAUCAAUAUUUAAUAGUACCAGUACACUGUUCACCAUUGAUGUCUGGAAGAUCUUCCGCAUAAAGUUCUUUAAAAGUGAGCCCUCUGUCCGGGAGCUGAUGAUCGUAGGAAGAGUUAUUGUGAUGAUAAUGGUUGGAAUUGGUAUUAUUUGGAUUCCAAUUAUCAUGGAAAUGCAGGGUGGGCAACUGUUCAUUUACAUCCAGGAGAUCGCCGCUUACCUUUCUCCUCCAAUUGCUGCUGUUUACCUUGUGGCUCUCCUGUGGCCGAGAGGAAAUGAACAGGGUGCUUUCUGGAGCUUAAUGGCAGGAUUGGUGACUGGCGGAAUUAGAAUGAUCUUGGACUUUGUUUGGCGUUCUCCACCAUGCUGGGAAGAAGAUCCCCGUCCAUCAAUUACAGCCAAAGUGCAUUACAUGUACUUUGCUUUGCUUCUAUUCUGGCAAACUGUUUUUGUCAACAUCAUUGUCAGUUUAGUGACAAGUCCUACUGAUCCAGAAAAGGUUAUUCGAACCACUUAUUGGUCUCGAUUCAGUGGGGCUAAACGACUUGAUGAUUUUGAAGAUGACAAAGCUGAAGUUGAAUUGGAUGAUUUGAAAGACACUGAUGGUGAAGUGGAAAUUGUUGAUGGGCGAGGUACUUGUAAGAAGGGCUAUGAUUGGUUCUGUGGAUACGAUGAUACAAUGAAAGGAAAACAAAAAGCACAGAAACACAGGGAACACCUCAAGGCUGUUACCUCCCUGGAACAAGACCCAAAGGCAAAAAUUUUCCUGAAUGUAAACCUUGUUGUGAUCAUAGGGGUUGCCACAUUUCUUUACAUAUUUUUUUCUGUUUAAUGCUGCAUAAUAUAUUUGUGGUUAGAAUACCAAGGCAAUCUCAAUUUUUUUUAAUGAAAUUACAAUUUUGGUGUCAUUUUAUGCAGAAUACAUUUUAACUUGUAUAUUAUUGAUUUUCAAGACUUUAUCAAUAUAAAGAUAUUAAUUCAAUGUGAUGUUGUUUACAUGAAUUGUGGUGCAAGAACAAAGAAACAUAUGCUUUGUCACCAAAAUGAAUAUAAGCAUGCACACACUUACUGUAUGUGUACACCGAUCCAAUAGGCUAUGUUCUCACACGGCUGCUAACAGUUAGCAGGAUCCGGAUCCUGCUAACCGUUAGCUACCGUGCAUCCGUAUGACAAAAUCCUGAUCAAAUAAAGUAAUACCAAAUAUGUGAUGAUCGAAUCAUUGGCCAAUAAGAAACUGGAAAUUGUAAACGCGUACGUUUGAUUGGUUGAUGAUAAAAACGCGCUUAACUUGCUAACCGAUAGCGCUUGCUAACUGUUAGCGGUGUCCGGAUACUGCUAACGGUUAGCUCCCGAUCCGGAUACUAGGGCUCUCGUGAAAACCAGGCUUAUGACUAUCGGCAGCCAAAUCCAUCUCUGCUCUGCAUGAGUACUUCACAACACAACACUGUCUUCUGGUUAUCUGUGAAAAUCUGGGCAGAUCAUCAUUAAAAAUCAUCCAUUGCACGCACCUUGUUGCAUUCUCUAUGGAAUCAUACCAGCCAAUGGCCGUCAGCACAGUGUGUUCUUUACUUUAUUCUUUUUGGUAUGAAUGAUAUUUUUGACAAUCGGUAUUUUUUUGUUUUAAUACAUUAAUUUACCGCAUCCAUUCAAAAACAUAACAUUAAAUUCAAUGUGUAUUACUGACAGCAAAAUGUUUUUACUUCUUUGAAAAAAGCAGAGGUAUGGCCUUGUUAUCCUAACAUGACAGAUUUUUGUAGUUUUAAACACGUGUUGGGUACAUCAUAUUUUUUUCACUCAUUUACUUGUUUUUAACACACCUUUCUUACUCACAUAAUUUACACACAUGCACACAUGCCUGUUUUCUAACACUCACCAGUUUUCUGUACACCUCCCUGUUGUCUAUCACCCAUGUUCUUUCAACACACCUACCUCUUUCAACUCACAUGCCUCUUUUCAACACAACUACCUGUUUCUGCACACCUACCUGUAUUCUCACCUGUUCACUAAAAACCCACCUGUUUACUGCCUACCAACACUUGCUCUGUACACAUCCACUUGUUUUGCACAGCCUCAACUGUUUACUUCCCACCCACCUUUCUACACAUGCACCUGUUUUCUGCACACCUACCUGUUUUUUACACACCCACCUGUUUUUUACACACCCACCUACUUUUAACAACCACUUAAAUUGUGCACACCCACCUGUUUCCAAACACCCACUUGUUCAGUGUCUCUACUUGGUAGCAACUCCAUCCUGUCAAAUUUUAAUUGACUACCGUAUGUAUACAAUUAUUAAAACAAUAAUACCUCCAUGUGCCCAUUGUGAACGAUUCCUGUGUAUUUUUUUUACAUAAAUAUUUAAAGGAAGAAAACAUAUAGUAUUGUCUGAAAAAUAUCAGACCUUAGAAGUAUUAGAAAUGUAGUGAAUCAUUACUUAUAGCAUUUAUUUUGUUGUACCAAUUCUUACGGUAGGAAAUACAGUAUUUUUUUUUAUGUAAUUGUAUAAUCUUAUUAGAAUCUUUUAGAAUCAUAUAGGACAACUCAGCUGACUUCAGCAUUUCCAUAUAUGAUUUACCAUGGAUGAGUUUACUGGUCUAGCAGACAAGAUUGUAGUAUAACAAGCACUGUUGUAGUGCAUGAUUAAACCAUGCAAAACUAAUUCAAAUUAAAAUAAAUUUGUUGAUUUUUUAUUAAAUUCAUGUCUGUUGGCACAUUUGCUAAACUUUUGCACAAAGAUUGUGUGCUUUUGAUUAAGAUAAGGUUCCUUGUUAUAAUGAUAGUAGAGGUGUCGGUGGCUAUACGUAGGCCAAAGUUUGUGACACACUGUAGUUCUUUGUACCAUUAAAUGAUGUCCCAUGUCAUCUUAAGUCAGUGGCGUAUCCAGGGAUUCCGAAAUAAAGUAGUUCAUAAAGUAGUUCAUUGAGAGUUUUACAGAUGCAUUUACCCAAACCAUCACAGUACCAUCAAAUGAUGAUCCAUACCAAGACGGUAGAUACCCAUCAAAUAAUGACCAAUACCAAAACAAUAGUAUUGUACCAUCAAAUGAUUAUCCAUACCAAACCUAUGCCAACACAUUAGUACUGUACCAUCAAGUGAUGAACCAUACCAACACAGUAAAUUACUGUUAAAUAUUUACAUGUGCCAACACAGUAGUACUAUCAAAUGAUGAUUCAUACCGACACAGUAGAUCAAAUAAUUACCCUUACAACAGAGAUUGCUAAAAAAACCAUUGCUAAAUUACCUCCAUUGUUAUGAAUUAAUGUUGUUAUACACCAAUAGAGUACCAAAGAGUUAAAUGACACAUAAUAUUUUAACAAUGUACAGUUAAUUGUUUUUUUUAAUAUGUACUUUGUGUCUAUAAGUUGGAAUUUUUAACAAAAAUCUUGCCAAAGCAUUCUACAAGGACAGAAGUUUCUUUUUAAUUAAUGUUAGUGAAAACUGUUAGGAUUGUUGAGAUCGCUAGAUUUAGGUGUCAUCUAGUUCUUAUUGUCUGCUAAUGAAAUAAAAGUUCAACAUGUUCAUGUUGGUGGAAAAGUGA